AUGUUACCAUUUGAUGAAUCUUCAAAAAAUAGAUUUGUUGAGUAUGAAGGUGAUACACUUGAAGAUAUUUUUAACAAAAAAAAUGAAAAUCAAAAUAAAACAACAUAUAACAAAUUAGACAAAAGACAAUUGGUAAUGGAAACGCGUAUAUCUUUAAAAUUUAUACUUUACAUUAUCAUUGUCUGGUUAUUAUCAUCUCUGAAUGGAGGAGAUUUUGGUAUAAAUAUUGGUGGACCUGCUGCAACAAAAUUAAUUUCUCCAGGAUUAAGAAAAUUAAUUGAAAAACCAAAAUGGAUACAAGUUGAAAUGACAUCACAUAAAGAUGUUUAUUUUAAUAAUUUUAUAGCUAUUGACUUAGAUGUUCAAUUAGAUUAUAAAAAUUUUUCAUUUAAAUUUGAUGAUCAAAGAGUAUGGGUUAUUGUUGAUAAUGUUAAGAUUGAAAGUUUAAUGAAUAUUAAUGUUUUUCAUUUACCUUCAAUAUUAGGUAAAACAACUACCAAAAUGAAUGCUUCUGUUCCUAGAGCAGAAUUAUCUUUUUUAAUUGAUAAUUAUUUUUUAAAAGUUGAUACAUGUGCCAUGAAAAAUGUAGAUAUUGAUGCAACAAUAGAAAAAUCUUUUAUCGCAAAUGCUUUAAUUAAAUUAGCUUCAAUCUCUCCAAGUAGUAUAGUAGAAUUUGUUUUAUGUAAAGCUAUGAGUAAAGCUAUUCAUAAUAUUGAUAAAUAUUUUUCAAUUGACAUACCAAUUAUUAAUAUUUUGCCACCUGUUGUUUCAAGUCAAUUAAAAGAUUUAGAUACUAUAUUAUCUAUUCAUGUUGUAAAUAUUAAUGCAAGUGAUGAUAUAUUAUCUUUGACAUCAAAUGCUGAAGUUAUUAGACCAUCAAUUCCAUCAGAAAAUUUACCAAUAAAAUUAAAUAUUGAUAGACAAAGUACUAUUCAUGCUAUGCUUGAAAAUAAUGACAGAAUAACCCUUUGGGUUGAAGAUCGAUUGGUAAAUGAUUUAUUAAAUAUGAUAGAAUGGAAUUUUAUGUGGCUAGAAAAAGAAAUUCCAUUUAGUUCACCAUUAUUACCACCAAAAUCAAGAGAUCAUAUGAUGUUAUUAUGUGAAAAUUGUUAUUAUUUAGCUCAAGUUACUUCAAAUGGUACACCAAAUGUUACAGCACAUAAAGGAUAUUUUGUUUAUCAAAAAGCUGAUAUUGUAACUAUAACAACUGUAAAUCCAGAAAAAAAUAAACAAAUUAAAUUUAUUGCAUUCAAUGUUUCAAUAACAUUAGAAAUUAGAUCAAUAUUUGAAAAUGGAAUUGCUAGAAUACAAAUAAACUUAUUAGAUACAGAUAUUAAUCUUGGUGAAGGAGUAGUUUCAUUACCAAAUGACAUUAAACCACAUGUUCAAAAUAUGACUCGUAAUCUUAUUUUAGAUGUUAUUUUUCCAAAUUUAAAAGAAAAAAUUGAAAGUCUAUUGUAUUCAGAAGGUAUUAAAAUACCAGCAAAUUGUGGAAUUGAUGGUAAAAACAUUCAUAUACUUUUUGACGAAGGUCUUAUUGGUUUAAGUAGUAGUGUUAUGUUAGACGAAUUAGAUUUAACACUAUGUUUAAAAAAUGCAAAAGAUGCUUUACCUAAAUCGGACAAGAUAAUGGCAAUUACAAAUGGUUUAAAUUUUUCUAAAUAA